AAUGGUGAAGUACAGUGAUGUGCACGCACAUGUUUCUGAUCAAAUCUUUUUCCACCGAGAGGUUUUGUUGAAUGGCGCAAAUACAAUUCUAUUUUAGAUCCUGGCAAAUGAGGUGGUACUCCGGGAUGUAUCAACAUUGCGAAAUAGUCAGGUGUGUUUUCUGGUCCAUUCAGCUUUUUUGAAGCUGUCUGAACUAAAAUCUCAUCGACAUGAACAUUGACAGGGGAAAAGAAUACGCGCUGCAGACAGGUCUCAGCAUCUUAAAGAAUGCGUGGAGGGAAUAGGAAUUUUGAUGCUAUCAUCAAAGUUUGUGGUCACUGCGAUUCUGUCAGCUUCCAGAGUGGUCUUCUCCACGCAAUCUACGAAAGCCAUGAAUCGUAGGUCGCCCAUGCUCCAAAUUGUUGUGUUGAGAUUCAAGUUUUGCCAUAAUGUCGACGACUUUACUGAUGCAGCAAAAGUGGCAGCUCCUCCUGCUCUGCUGACAAUAAAGAUGCUUGCUAGCAGCAGAUAAAGGAGUUUUGGUGAAAUGCGGAUGUCCUUUGGGAUAGUAAGAGGUUCACAUGUUUAGAUGAAGAUCCAUCGUCAAACGGAUAGGACCAAUAGUUGUCCGCAUAUUUUAGAUUUCGUCUUCGGCAGAAGCAGUGUUUUCGCAAAAUGUAAACACAAAUAUCUCCAUGGGUCCAUUUUGAAGACCGAAAACACAGCAGAUAUCGCCAUCGUGAACAGUGGAGAGGGAACAGAAAGCAACACA